CGAAAAACUUAAUGUAUCUUUACUAUUUUAUGCUCAGUGCGUGCCCUUCAAUGAAAUUGAUUUUUUAUAUUGCUAGGCCUAUAAAAACUCGGUCAUUUUUGGUCCCAACUCAAGUUCGCACUCGAAUAUCAUCCGAUAUGGCUAUUAACUUGUUUAGAAAGGAUGAUCGCAAGAAGCCAAAUCCAGAGUAUCCUGCGGUCAACGAUUUUUUAAGGCUGGCCGUGAUUUUCUACAAUUCCGUAGGCCUUGAGCCCUACGAGUCAUCGAAUCCCGAAAAGAAGCCGGGAAUCCUGUUCCACAUGUACUUCGCCUUUCAGAUCUCCAACAUGACCCUUUGUCUUGUCGAGGAGAUCAUUUUUGUGGUGGUUUCGUUCCGAAACAAUGAGAACUUCCUUGAAUCCUGCAUGGUGCUGAGUUAUAUCGGUUUUGUCACCGUUGGGGGCUUGAAGUACAUCUCGGUGCUGUUUCGGAAAAAAAAGAUGAACAAUCUGGUUAGGCAGCUUGAGUCCUUCUUUCCGAGUCCCAAGGAUCACGAGAAAUAUUCGGUGAAGGAGUUUUUAAAGCGCUGUCAUAGCUACACAAAGGGAUUUGGCGGACUUUACACUAUACUGGUGGUGAUCUACAACUUUUUUAACCUCAUCCAGUACAGCAUUCUCCAUCUGCUGCAGUCGCCGAAUGCCAAGAAAACUAUGCCCUAUGUGAACAUGGCUCCUUGGGACUACCAGGCCAACUGGAAAUUCUACUUGACCUACCUUGCCCAAACGAUGGGGGGGUAUACGGCCACCUGCGGUCACAUCUCAGCAGAUCUCAUGAUCUUUGCCGUGGCCAUGCAGGUCAUUAUGCACUUCAACCGCCUGGCUCGGGCUCUCAAGGAAUUUCAGGUGCAAGCCUGCUCAGGAUCUAAACAGGGAGCCGACGAGGACCUCAAGGAGCUGCGGUCCCUGAUCUCUUAUCACAACCAAGUUCUUGGGCUCACCGAUGUGAUGAACGAGGUCUUUGGCAUCCCGCUUCUUCUGAACUUUGCUGCAUCCUCGGUGCUAGUUUGUUUUGUGGGAUUCCGGCUGACCGUCGGCAUAAGUCCUGAGCAGUUUUUAAAGCUAAUGCUGAUCCUGGUAUCGGCUAUGAUAGAAAUAUAUCUGCUCUGUUCUUUUAGUCAAAUGCUGAUCGAUGCGAGUGAAAGUGUGUCAAUUGCUGCCUGGAACAUGAAUUGGAUGGAAGCCGAUACGCGUUUUCGAAAAAUGCUCAUUUUUAUUGCCCUUAGAGCUCAAAGACCUGUGUGCCUUAAAGCAACAGUUUUCCUGGACGUCUCUAUACAAACCAUGAGUUCCUUCUUGCAAAUGUCCUAUAAAUUCUUCUGUGCCAUUCGAACAAUGUAUCAGUAAAUGUAUUUGAAAUUUUAAGAAAUACCUAUCCUUUAGAUAUAACUUUAUGACUCUGAUUAAAUCUUACUGUGAGAAAU